UUAACAAACAUUCCCACAAUUUUGUUUUUUCAAGUCUUGUUAUGAUUUCUUCAUGCUUCUUCUUCAAACACAAUAAUAAAAGCUUCCACAGGCAGCAUGCACCAAACUCAUGCGCAAAAAUGAGAAGACUCACUCCAAUCCAUCUUAUCUUGGCGUGGCUCUUGCUUGCAGCUUCUCAAUACCCUUGCUUCACCAUGAGUGUCCAACCUGUCGAAUCAGUUCAUUUGAGGCUCACACAAGGGCAACCAAGCUCAGGGUCGCACAAUGGGGAUGCCUCAUCUAGUCGGUCCAAUGACCAAAAACAGGUUAAAGGAAAGAAGAUUCAUAAGAUUCCGUCAGGCCCCAACCCUGUGGGGAAUCACCGCCCGCCGUUUAGACAUAAAUAGAUGGAUGCACUUGUACGUGCCGCAAAAGCUAGUAGAAGUUAGAAGUCUUAGUUUUACAGCACAUUUCGAGGAUUAAAAAGGGUCAGAUAUAUCCAUGUAGCUUGAGAAGCUGUGUCUUUAGGGGUGUUGUGCUUGUAUAAAAAUGGAAAUUAGUUGGGGGUGUGUAUUGUAGAAGCCUUUAUUCAGAGCAAUUGGUAAUGUUUA